AUGCAGUACCCCCAGUUCCAAUCCCUGUUGUUCUUGCGCAAGACGAGGAGGCCGUUGGCGGCGACAGUGAAGCGACUAAAACAAUGCCUCCCGCUUACGGCCGUUGGCGUGAGACAGUGCGAGUUGACCCGAACCGUUUGUUCUGGCAACGUAACGAGAACGUGGACAUUUCUCAGUUGA